CGCGACACCCCACGGCAAAGAAUAUAGAGACACGCCUCCCGCGCCCGCUGCUCCCUCACUCUUUACCGUCCCGUACCUUGACCUUUGAACCUUUGUCCCCAUCCCGCGCAGCUGCCCUGUGAAAGACUGCGAACUCCAACCAAAGCAUUGGCGCAUCAUCAACCAAGGUUCAACUCCCAUAACCCAUCGACGUAUCCUGUCCAUAUCCUGCGGCAUCACAACCAUCCGCGACCAUAUUUCGGCGACUGGACAUCCCGCCUCCACAACCUCUUUCGACCGACCGCACUUUGUACAGCAUUUCUUAACUAGCCGACACAAUGGGGAAAGAUAGAAAGGUCGCCGAAGACUUCCAGAAGCUCAUUCAGGCAGACCGCGAGAAGAAAAAGAACGAGGCCCUCGCGGCCAGGAUCUUCAACAGAACCAGCACGCCCGUCUCUACGCCCAGACAGACCACCGGUGGUUCGCUCGCAAGCCGCGCCGGUGUCAAGAAGCAACGCGGCGGCGCCCCCCAGUCGGCACCUUCGAAGAACAACAGCGAGAAAGUCGGCUCAUGGACCAUUGAUCUUGGUCCUGGCUCCAGGUCCGCCAACAAUACCCCGAAGCCCACCGGUUCUCUUGCGGCGCGCAUCACCACCCCGAAUGCUGGACCUGCGGGUAACCCCCGCCAGAAGAGGCGGGCUGCGCAGAUGGCGGAGGCGAUCAUUAGGAAUGAGUUCAAGGAGCAGUCGGAUCAGCGCAAGCAGCAAGGUCAACAGAGGCGUCAGCAACAACACCAACAGCAACAGCACCACCAGCCCCCUCCUAAUGCCCCCAAGGGGCCGGCAGCUGCGUCAGUUCCUACCGGUCCUAGUAGCAAGGGAUUUACAAUCAGGGGUCUGGCGGGACCUUUUGCGGUGAUGGCGCAGAACUUUGCUCCCGGAACGACAGCGGCCGAUAUCGAGAACGCCAUGACCCCCAUCGGCGGCCUAAUACUUAGCUGUCGUAUCAUGAAGCACAACCCGAUUGUUAUUGCCGAGAUUGUGUUUGAGAGCAAGGAGGGUGCCGACAAUGUGAUUGCCACAUUUGACAAGCAGACAGCCGACGGUCGUGUUCUUAGUGUGUAUCACAAACCAAGCGGUCCUACUUAUCCCCUUACCUCCCAGCUACCUCCGCCUCGCGCUCCCACCGGUCCCCGCUCUCAGCGCUCGAACGACUACUAUCCCGAGGACGAUCUGAUUGACGGAACUAUGGGCUUCGAAGACCCUAUGGAGGACGACGACUUGUUGGCUAAUGGCAACGGACGGCAGCCACCCAGGGGACCGGCAGCUAUGAAUGGUGGCGGCACCGGCGGGCUCUAUAGCGACCAGCUGGUACGUAACCGGAAGGGCAGAGGAUUCAAUGGCAAAUACUAGUACCAUCGCAGGAGAGGUCGUUCAGAAGACCCAGAUUGAACAAGGGUUGAUGUGCGGGUACAUAUGGGUUAGGUACCAUGAUUCCGUCAUCAGAAUACCUAGUCCGGAGUCAAGGACUACGAAGAAGGAAGAGGAGGUUACUACAAGGAACUUUAGGGGUUGAACAAUAGACACUCAGGAUGGCACAAGUGUGGAUGGGUUUACCAACCCUGUUUGACAGGACUCGGCAAGGCACGGCGCACUUGGCGUUAAUAGGGAAAGGAAAGGCAGGCAGGCAGGCAGGCAGGCAGGGGCUUGCCUUGUGUAUGAAAGCGAAAAAUAUUGUACGCUUAUGGACGUCUAUCGGUCGAUGGA